GGUUAUCAUGUGCUCGCAAGAGCCCAUCUUCUGGUGUGCGGGCAACAUGGAUGGAGACUUUCCUGGGUCCGGACUGUUCACGCCUUACUGCCCAGAAGGCGAGUCGCAUCUGGAGAUCUACAGCGUCACCGCAGGCUUGUCCAUGUUCCUAUACUGGCUGCUGAUCAUGGACCUGUCGAUCUUCUCGAUGCAGAUCUCCGCUUUCGUCUUAGUCUGCGGGCGAGUUCUGGGCGAGCUGGCUCUGUUCUUGACAUCUUUGGGUUUCCUCAUCCUGGCCUUUGCAACCUCCGUGAGCGCCAUCUCGCACCAGCUUCCGGACUUCUCAG